CAAAAAGUGUUAUUGAGCAAUUAGAAAAGGCUAAGAAUGAUUGCAGAGAAUACCAUCACCAUUCUUCGUUACCUACAAUCAUUUCGUUUACUAUUUCUAGUCAAGCUAUUGCUCAAACUGUUGCAAGUGUGGGCUCUGUCGUGGAAGCACCAUCAUUAACAUUAAAUACAUGGACUCCAGUCGCCAGCAUGUCAUCAGCACGAUAUGGGCACACUGCAACUUUAUUAUUAUCUGGGAAAGUAUUAGUAACAGAUGGUCAAGGUUCGUCGACUUGCGAAGUGUAUGAUCCUCUAUCGAAUACAUGGACUCCAGUCGCCAGCAUGGCAUCAGCACGAUAUUGGCAUCCUGCAACUUUAUUAUCAUCCGGGAAAGUAUUAGUAACAGGUGGUCAAGAUUUGUCGAGUUGCGAAGUGUACGAUUGGUAG